UAGGAGGUUUAAUGACAGGGACUCCAACAGAGGGGGGGUUUUCUAUAUCACGUUGCCCUGACGUCAUUUAUUUUGCAGCAGGCCAAUCUGGCAUAUGCUCUGAGAAUGGUCAACAUGUGCUUCAGAAAGCACUAUUUUUAGAAUCUGUUUGGCUCCGCUGCAGUGUCUUUGUGUGUGUGUGUGUCUGCUGCUGUUCAGAUUGUGAAUGAAGUCAUUAAAUAAGCUGCGUUUUAAUGAGCUCAUCAAAUGCAUCACAUGUUCUCUCCACUGGGGUGUCAGAUCUGCACACCGAAGAGCUGUCUGCUCCAGACAGAAACCUGAGUGAGCCCCCAACAGAUAAUGACAAACCCAAAGCAUUUUUUUUUUUUUUUUGGCCAACAUUUUACACCUUUUCUCAAGAGAGCAGCCUCCCAGCUGUAACUCUCUGCUGCCCGGGAGAGAGGGAGAGAGGCUUCUAAAAAUAACCGGCAGGCUCUACAGGUUGGUGUGCUGGAUGCUGGGAGGCUCCAGGCUCCAGGCUGCAGGUUGGGGCGGGGCUGGAUGCUGGGAGGCUCUGUGAGCGCCACUGAUUCCUUUCCUCCUCCAUUGAUCAGUGUAGUGGGGAAGGCGGAUCCUCUGACGUCGACGUCAAGCUGCUCGGCUGCGUCAGAAUCCAGCUGAGCGAAGGAAGAAGGAAACAAGGAAUAAAAAGGAAAAGAGGUCCAGAAAGGCCGGGGAGAGCGGACGGGCCGUGGCACUGAGGUAGACCUGAGUCGUGCACUCCGCGGACAGACAAGACGGCCAGAGGGACGGACGGACAGAGAGACAUGGAGGGCUCCACGGAAGAAGACCACAAAGAGAAAUUAUUAUGGAACGUCAAGCGGGAGGUGAAGCAGAUUAUGGAGGAAGCAGUGACUAAGAAGUUUGUCCACGAAGACAGCAGCCACAUCAUUGCUCUGUGCACUGCCAUCGAGGCCUGCCUGAGCCACCUGCUGAAGAGACGGGCAGCUGGUUUUCUCCGCAGUGACAAGAUCGCCGCCCUCUUCACCAAAGUCGGCAAGGUCUAUGACACAGCCGCUGAUGUUUGCCGCAAAGUGCAAGAGCAGCUCCAGCAGCAAGCGGAUCUCACGAGGAGAACCCAGAGCAUGGGCCAUGAACCUCUGAGGAGACAGGGCUCCUCCACCACCAGCCGCCCCCCUCAGCCCCUUUCUGCCCAGGCCAUCAAACACAUCUGGGUCCGGACAGCUCUCUUCGAGAAAGUUCUGGACAAGAUAGUGCAGUAUAUUGUGGACAACUCUAGUAAAUACUAUGAGAGGGAAGCUCUGAUGCAUGACUCAGUCUUCGGCCCCAUCUUGGCAGCUCUACUGGUGGGUCCCUGUGCUCUGGAGUACACAAAACUGAAGACGUCGGAUCAUUUCUGGACAGACCCCUCAGCGAAUGAGCUCGUUCAGCGUCACCGGAUCCACGGGGCCCACCGGGGCCAAGAUACCUCAGCUGGCCGCCGGCCUGCUCUGGGGAUACGCAAGAGGCAAUCCAGUGGCAGCAUGUCAGAGGACAGGUUUGCUGCCUCAGCGAGGGAGUAUGUGGAGUCUCUCCACCAAAACUCUAGAACACACCUUCUCUACGGCAAAAACAACGUCCUGGUGCAACCGAAGAAGGACAUGGAGGUGUUGCGUGGCUACCUGUCGCUCCACCAGGCUGGGGAUAACCUCACCCUGAAGUGGACACCCAACCAGCUCAUCAAUGGCACGCUGGGCGACUGUGACCUAGAGAAGAGUAUCUACUGGGACUAUGCACUUACUGUCCCACUGCGCCAGAUAGUCUGUAUCCACUGUCACCAACGCCCUGACUGUGGUGGUACGCUGGUCCUGGUCAGUCAGGAUGGGAUCCAGCGGCCGCCCCUCCACUUCCCCCCUGGUGGACACCUCCUGGCCUUCCUCUCCUGUCUCGAAACAGGCCUUUUACCACGGGGUCAGCUGGAGCCGCCCCUCUGGUCUCAGAAAGGCAAGGGGAAAGUCUUCCCUAAACUUAGGAAGAGGAGCAGUGCUGCUCGGCUUAUCGACCAGGACAGGAACGGUGAGGAGCAGACAGCUGCUGACUAUGUGUUUCGCAUUGUCUACCCUGGAUACCGCUACGAUGCCACAGUCACUAUAAACUACCACCACACCACGGGCAGCCGCGCUCCGUCCCUGGACGAUGACGAGGAAGAGGAAGAUAGGCUCCAUGCUAUGAUCUCAAUGAUCUGCUCGCGGAACCUCACAGACCCUAAUGUCAUGAAAGAUCACGGGGAGAUGUUGGAGAUGCAGGGUUUUGGAGGCAGCCCGUCGUCGUGGCAACAAGCUGAAGUAACCGCUCACGAGUCGCUGUGCCAGUCUUGCUCCACGGCCGGUAGCAACGUGUCCUUCGACUACCCGGCAGGCUGUACCUGCGUCCAUGAGCCAUCAGACAUUCACACUGUUCCUCUGAAGAUGCUCUGCCAGAACAUGAAGAGGCAGAUAGUCUCCAGAGCCUUUUAUGGAUGGCUGGCCUACUGUCGACACCUGUCCACCGUGCGGACUCACCUGUCAGCUCUGGUCAACCACAACAUCGUCCCCCCCGACAGACCCUGUGAGGCAUCCGGGGGCCUCAGCAAAGAGGUGUGGAGCAAGUACCAGAAAGACUGCAAGAACUAUAAGGAGCUGGAGCUGCUGAGGUUGGUUUAUUAUGGUGGGGUGCAGCACGACAUCCGGAAGGAAGUUUGGCCUUUCCUGCUGGGACACUACAAGUUCGGCAUGGGCAAAAAGGACAUGAAUCAGAUUGAUGUGAAGAUCAGUGAGCGCUACCAGCAGGUGAUGCGGGAGUGGAAGGCCUGCGAGGUGAUCGUCAGGCAGAGGGAGAAGGAGAUGCAGUCAGCCAUCUUUGCCAAGCUGUCAUCAGGCAGCAGCAUCGACAGCCACGUGCUGCGACUCGUUCACAGAGACUCCACACUCAGCAACGAGGUGUUUAUGUCUGUGGAUGAGCCCGACGCGGGGAGCCAGGAGACCCCCAGUGGAGAGGACAGUACCCCCACCAUGACCACCCUGGUUCCCCCUGCAGCCCUCCCCCCAGAGGAGCGCCCUCUGGUGGAGUUUGACUCCCCCGACUCGGGUCUCCCCUCCUCCAGAAACUACUCAGUGACCUCUGCUCAUUCCCAGAUCCUGUCCAGCAUAGACGAUGGUCAGAGUACGGAGGAGGAAGGGGGGGUUGGGGAGGAGGGCAGCACUCCGGGUGUGCUUGGGGGGCGGCAGGACUCUCUGACUGAAGACAGGCUUUGCAGUCAGCUGGACAAACUGGUGACCAAUGGAGCAGCCGCAGAGGGAAUAUCACCUUCACUCUCCUCAUAUACGAUCGAGCUGUUGGACACGGUCGCCCUCAACUUGCACAGGAUAGACAAAGAUGUGCAGCGCUGUGACCGUAAUUAUUAUUACUUCACCACGGCCAACCUGGAGAAGCUACGCAACAUCAUGUGCAGCUACGUGUGGGAGCAUUUAGAGAUGGGCUACGUUCAAGGCAUGUGUGACCUGCUCGCUCCACUCAUGGUCAUACUGGAUGAUGAGUGUCUGGCGUACAGCUGUUUCACUCAGCUAAUGAAGAGGAUGAGUCAGAACUUCCCUAAUGGCGGAGCCAUGGACACACACUUUGCCAACAUGAGGUCACUGAUCCAGAUCCUGGACUCAGAGCUAUUCGAACUGAUGCAGCAGAACGGAGAUUACACUCACUUCUAUUUCUGUUACCGCUGGUUCCUGCUGGACUUCAAGAGAGAGCUUCUGUACGAGGAUGUGUUUGCAGUGUGGGAGGUGAUCUGGGUGGCUCCCAGGAUUUCAUCAAAGCACUUUGUGCUGUUUCUGGCCUUGGCUCUGGUCACAGUUUACAGAGAGAUCAUCAUCGACAACAACAUGGACUUCACUGACAUCAUCAAGUUCUUCAAUGAGAUGGCCGAGCGUCAUGACGUCCAACACAUCUUGAAGAUAGCUCGCGAGCUUGUGCACAAAGUCCAGUCUCUGAUGGACAACAAGUGACUGUAGAGGAAGUGGAGGAGGAGGAGGAGGUAGAUGAGGAGGAAGAGGAAGAGAAGAGCCCAACCAUACAGGACACUCAGCUCUUCUUCAUCCCUCAGAGAGUGUUUCCAGGCCUCCACCUAUCCAGAGCAGGUCCAGGGCGUCCAGGGCUCCUCCCUGCCCGAAUGAGGGCCCGGGAGUGCUGCAGGAGCUCUGCUGAGGCAGCCUGGCACUGGAGCUCAGCCUCAAUCUGUUUACAUUUACCUUCACAUGGAAUGCCCAUGGUGUCUGUUCAGACAUGUGGAUUUGUCUGCAUGCUUGUGAGUUUGAUCACACUGUGAACGCAUUCUUGAGUCCCCAGUCGUACAGAGCUUGUGUGCGUGCAUGAAAGCAGUCACACACACACAUACCUAUACACACACACCGCACACACACACACAGAAACAACAUUAGCUCUAUCAAUGCUCUAGAGUGUCAUCCUUUUCCUGACUCUGAGGCAGAACAUAACGGAUGCCCGUCAGGAGGGCUAAAGCGUUGUCAGUGUUUGACAGAUGUGUUCCUCCAUGCAGUGUUAGCGGAGGACGUCAGAGUGUGGGAGUGCAGGAUUUCCAUACAACACUGUCAGAGGAGCAGAAGACUUAGCCACGAAGAAGUUUUCAUUAGUGACCAAAUGGACUGUGCCAACUACCUUUUCAUGAGUGUUUUCUACAACAAGCAUGUGUGUUUGUACGCCCCCCCCCCCCUUUUUUUUUCUUUUUGUCCAAGAGUAUAUUGUCACACAAAUGUUGCCUUUAUCAGUAACAGCCCAAGGCACUUUGUUGCACUUUUUGCGAUGGUGUCCUCUGCGGUGCCUGUGAAGGCCUCACCGGAGUCGGUUGGGGCCGGAGGCGCCACAAGAGGCCGAACUGUUGAGAAACUGAAGAAGAGAGAGCGAAUUGCAGCCAACUUUCCUGAGCAUGUAAGUCAGUGUUAAAGCAUGUUUAAUCCUUGUUUCAAGUCAGAGGAAACGUGACAGCAGAGCACAACACAAAGACAAAAGCACACAGGCCAUUCUCGUUCCUGUAAUGUAAAACUUCUAUCUCUAUUUUGUAAUGCCAAGAUUUCAGUACAGGAUCAAAGCUGCCACAGAGGGCACUGCAUUUCUGCAAAGUGACGCCGUUUAAUGAGUGAAUAAUAAACAUUUUACACAUAUAAGGUUUUUAAGACUGUAAAUAUCUUAAAAUCUGAUUAGUUUUAUGCAAAAAUCAUUCUUAAAUCGUUCUUAAAUUUGAGGGAUGAAUUGUCAAACAACAUUUAGAUUUCACAACUUUUAAACGAAAAAAAGUAAAACGAACAAAUACCAACUGAUUUUUCCCCUCUUCUUAUUCUCUUCACAUUUUUUGUGCAGAGUUUAUUUUGUAGCUGCCCAAAAAUGUUUGGACUCCUGACCUCAGUAUUUCUAAAAGCCUGGCUGCUGCCAACUUUCAAGGACACUGGGCUGAAAAAUCCCAGUGACUGAUAGCACAUUGAAAGGAAAAAUAACUGGGUGUUACAGAUGUUAUAGAGGCUGGUUAGAAGAAGCAGACAUGACAUGCUGGGUGAAAGAAAUGAAACAUGAUCAAGAAAAAUCUUGAAAGAAAGUAACAGAUUGAUUCUAUUUGCCUUGUCUAAAGGUGAAUAUUUCUUUUUCAUGUAAGGCCGGUUUUAUUCUGUAUUUUUGUUAGUUAUGUCACAAAUCCCAGAUACCAAAUACAAAUACCAAACCACCCAUCCAACAGAUCUACUGAGUGCCAAAUAUAUUAAGACUGGGUCUCAAAUACUGAGUUUAGUUUUUCAGAGAGGCUCAGUAAUUGACACAAGCAGCUGGGCACUGUAGUUUUUAACAAACACAACAUGAAUAUCACAUGAAAGUGAAUAAUGCAUUUAUCCGGGACUAUUUUCAGAGGUGGAUGAAUACACAUUUGGUGCUAUACUUCGUAUUUGCCACAGCAGGACUAAUGUUUAAGGUUUUCCCCUGAAUGAAAAAGGAAUAUUCCAGGGAAUACCCUGUCUGCACAUUUCUUGUUAAGUAUGAAGCCAGAUUUAAAAUAACAGACGUAUAAAUAAUAAAAUGACGAUUAUUAUAAUCUUCUGACAUUAUUUCUUUGUUAGAUAAUGUGAUAAUGGUCGGGCUGAUCCAAUUCUCGAUUAUUGGUAUCAGUGGUUUUUGUGUCAAUAAAAACGCACUACUUUGGCUGACGACUCUGUGGUCUCAGCCAGUGUGCCGCCCGCAGUAUCAUCACACCAUCAACACUGAAUAAUCUGAGUUUUCAAAGUAACUACUGAUCAGAGUUCAAAUAAAUGUAAUGGAGUGGAAUAUAAAUUAGCCAAAAACAAAAAACACUUGUCUCAAAAUGUCACUUAAAUUAUGUUGGUGAGUAAACUGGACUGAUUAUUCUGAUAAUUGAUGAUUAUGACACGAAGAUUUUUAUUUAAACUUGAAAUUGUUUUCCGCAAACUACCACUAAUACUGUCAGUUUACAUUCUUUGUUGGUUUGGGUCUGCACAUGUGAUUGGUUGACAGUAAGAGAACUAUAGAAUAGCAGCACCUUGAAAUGGGGACUGGAGUGGAACAUGCUCACUGAUCUGAAGGCACCAUGAACACUGCUGAUCUUCAUACUGCGUUCAGCAGCGCUGUCAGGAAAAGUGGCUGCAAUUGUCCGUGUUGAACUUAAUUCUCCUCCUGCCUGAAGUCCAGCCCUUAAUAAAAAUGAAGACGUGCUUGGACUGGAUUGGUCCAACUAACAGAUGUGUGCUUCCAGGUUUUACAAAAUAAAAUACCUGAGAAGAAGCAGCUUUUAAUGCCAAACUUUCUCUAGUGUUCAAGUCAGUCAGUAUUAGGUUUGGCUAAACAGUGACAGCGUAUUCAUGUUUGUAUCUAAAGGGACAUUUUUGAUACCGUUUCCACUCCCCCUCAUCAGUGUGACCUCUUUGUCUCCGCCCUCUUCGCCUCCUUAAACGUCCGAACACGGCUGCAUAUGAUUGGUCAUCCAGCACGGACCUGCACCUGUGAUUCAAGUGCCAAGAGUCUUCCCCAAUCCUGAAGUGUACUGUAGUCAUCCGGCUCUCUGAUUCGCUAGUUUGAUCCCAGGAACGGGCAGUGGUGUGGAUGUACCUCGCUACGGCCGCUCCCCCUCCCCUACCCUGCUGCCAUGGUGAUGGAGGAGGGUCAGCGGGGGAAUCCAGGGCCCAGGCAGAGCUUUUUUCUUCCAAUCAGGACAUUGUGUACCAAAGCCUUGAAACAGCCCCCUCUGUGGCAUGACGACAAUGUGCAAUUUCAUACUGCAUCUUGAAGACUGACUGUUUACUUUGUGUGUAAAAUAUUUUUGAAAAUGGUGAUCUUGGAUUCUUUGACUACUGUGCAAUUUCUGUCGUUUGAGAAAUCCAUCAAAGUCUAUAUUGCUGUAAAUACAAACGGAAAGCCCAAUAUUUCUAUGAAGACAGUCCGAACAUAUAUAACUUAUUUUGAGAUCUAUUUUUUAUGUUGGUUUUAGCAGCACUAGUCGAAGGUGUAUACUGUGCAGAAAUGCAGAAUGUGUGCAGACUGUGUUACACGUUGACUGUUAAGUGUUCUUUCUCAAUGUUGUGCACUGACUUCAAGAUUUCAAAUUUCUAUUUAUUUAGAGAGCCAAUGAUUGCAUUGCUGAAUAUGUAUUGGUAAGGAUGUAUCAUUUGCCUUGAAUGUAAUGUAUUAAUAAAUAAGAGUUUGUUCAGUA